GAGCCCGCGGGACGGUGCCGCCCUCCAACUGCUCCCCUGGCUUCUCCGGACGGUUAACCUCGAAUGAGGAACGAGCGGGGAGGGAAAAGGAGGGCUGCGGCGGCGCGGGCACAGCCCGCCGGGCCCGGGGCGGGGGGCGGCGAGGUCACGUAACGGCCACGCUGGCGUCUGGACGUGGAGGGGGCGCCCUAUCCGCCGCCCGAGCCCUCUUAAGCACCGCGGCUCUGAAACAGUUACCGGCUAGUAAACAACAGCUGCGCGCGCACCCGCAUCAGCUGGCGCUGGAGCCCGCACCUGCGACCUCGUCUUGCUCAGCCCUGCCGCCCCUUCCUGCCCAGUCAGGGCCACUUUGCGUGGCCGUCUCGUCCGGGUAGGACCCAAGAAAUACCGGGCUGACCUACGCCGGGGUCGAGAAAGCGUCUCGCGGCCAAGGGGUGGCGCGUCUUGUCACGCAGCAGAGACUCAGGGAGCUGACUGUGGGCUCAGCGGACUAGCAACGAUCUGCCACGACCCCAAACUACUGUCCGAGGUGUCUUGAUUAGUUUGCCUCCUACAGAUCCCAAGGACCUGUCUUCCGAAGAAGAGCGGGCGUGCCACCCCCGCAACCUCUUGGAGGCAGGAAUCCGCUCUGCCCUGCAUCUUGCUCUCUCACCCUUCUCAUUCUUCUCCAUACAGUGUGUGGGUUAUUUUCCCCGUUAUGCAUGCGCAUCUCUUCCACCAGACCCAAGUGGAUUAUCGACUUAAAAAACAUCGGGUGGCUCUUCACACACCUCCUCCCAGCCAGAUCUGUGGGGUAUUCACCUGAUACACAACAGGUGGCCGGGUGCACACCUUUUCUCAAUCUGAUCCACGCUGUAUUCUCCUGAAUAGGGUGGGCCUGCACGCACUUUGCUCAGCUAGGACUGUGGAACACUCACCAGAUAAAAGACUAACUAGCUCUAGAGAAACCCAGGGUUGAGGGGUAUAGAAGGCCUCACCUGCAGCUGUGAGACCAUGGCACUGAGCCCUCAGCUCUGAACCAGAGGAGAUAGCUAGGAAGCUCUUCAUUCUGAAGGAGCAAAGUUACACAAGAUUGACAUUGUUUUUUUAUGUUUUUGUUUCUCAAAAAAUAUUUUCAGCUGUUGGUAGUGCACUUUCUAAGCUCGAAUUCUGCAUGGGAUUCUUAUUCGGGGCUUUUUGUGGGAUGUGAAUCAAGGUAAUUUUUGUUUUUUUUUUAAGUUUUCUAUUUUUUGCAAUCAAAAGUAGCUAGUGUGGGAGGAAGAUUUUUGUGAGGUUUUUCCUUAUUCUUUGUUAAAAAGGAAAAGAAAAAUGCAUCCUCCAGAAACCACCACCAAAAUGGCUUCAGUUCGGUUCAUGGUGACACCAACAAAGAUUGAUGACAUUCCAGGUUUGUCAGAUACUAGCCCGGAUCUCAGCUCUCGAUCUAGUUCUCGAGUAAGAUUUAGCUCUCGGGAGAGUGUGCCCGAAACAAGCCGUAGUGAGCCCAUGAGUGAGAUGUCUGGGGCCACCACUUCACUGGCAACUGUUGCCCUGGAUCCUGCCAGUGAUCGGACUUCUAACCCCCAGGAUGUUUCGGAGGACCCGAAUCAGAACUCCAUCACAGGGGAACACAGCCAGCUGUUAGAUGAUGGGCGUAAGAAAGCUCGAAAUGCUUACCUCAAUAAUUCCAAUUUUGAAGAAGGAGAUGAAUAUUUUGAUAAAAACUUGGCACUCUUUGAGGAAGAAAUGGACACCAGACCGAAAGUAUCUUCUCUCCUUAACCGCAUGGCCAAUUACACUAAUCUAACACAAGGAGCAAAGGAACAUGAAGAAGCAGAAAACAUCACUGAGGGGAAAAAGAAGCCCACCAAGACUCCCCAAAUGGGUACUUUCAUGGGUGUCUACCUCCCAUGUCUACAAAACAUUUUUGGAGUAAUUCUCUUUCUACGCCUUACAUGGGUGGUGGGCACAGCUGGAGUUCUUCAGGCAUUUGCAAUUGUCCUUAUCUGCUGCUGCUGUACAAUUUUGACUGCUAUCUCCAUGAGUGCCAUUGCCACUAAUGGAGUAGUGCCAGCUGGGGGCUCAUACUUUAUGAUUUCCCGGGCACUGGGUCCCGAGUUUGGCGGGGCUGUUGGCCUCUGCUUUUAUCUUGGUACCACAUUUGCAGCAGCCAUGUAUAUCCUUGGUGCCAUUGAAAUUUUUCUGGUAUAUAUCGUCCCCCGGGCUGCCAUCUUUCGCAGUGAUGAUGCACUCAAGGAAUCAGCAGCCAUGCUAAAUAACAUGCGUGUCUAUGGCACAGCCUUUUUGGUCCUCAUGGUAUUGGUGGUUUUCAUCGGCGUACGCUAUGUGAACAAGUUUGCCUCACUUUUCCUGGCCUGUGUCAUUGUGUCCAUUUUGGCCAUCUACGCUGGAGCCAUCAAGUCUUCUUUUGCCCCACCACACUUCCCGGUUUGCAUGCUGGGUAAUCGUACCCUUUCAUCAAGACACAUUGAUGUUUGCUCUAAGACCAAGGAAAUUAACAAUAUGACGGUACCAUCAAAGUUGUGGGGAUUCUUCUGUAACUCAAGUCAAUUUUUCAAUGCUACCUGUGAUGAAUACUUUGUUCACAAUAAUGUCACUUCAAUCCAGGGCAUUCCUGGGUUGGCUAGUGGUAUAAUUACAGAGAAUCUUUGGAGUAAUUAUCUACCCAAAGGAGAGAUCAUUGAAAAACCCUCAGCCAAAUCAUUUGAUGUCUUGGGAAGUUUAAAUCAUGAGUAUGUUCUUGUUGAUAUUACCACCUCCUUCACACUCCUAGUGGGGAUCUUCUUUCCCUCUGUCACAGGUAUCAUGGCUGGUUCUAAUAGAUCUGGAGAUUUGAAAGAUGCUCAGAAGUCUAUUCCCAUUGGAACUAUCCUUGCCAUCCUGACUACAUCCUUUGUCUAUUUAAGCAACGUUAUCCUUUUUGGUGCGUGUAUUGAAGGUGCUGUUCUCAGAGACAAGUUUGGGGAUGCCGUAAAAGGUAAUUUGGUGGUGGGCACAUUAUCUUGGCCAUCCCCGUGGGUGAUUGUUAUUGGCUCCUUCUUUUCAACAUGUGGGGCUGGACUGCAGAGCCUCACAGGUGCCCCAAGGCUGCUUCAGGCUAUUGCCAAGGAUAACAUCAUACCAUUUCUGAGGGUUUUUGGUCACAGCAAAGCCAAUGGGGAACCUACCUGGGCUUUACUUCUAACUGCUGCUAUUGCAGAGCUGGGAAUCCUUAUUGCCUCCCUGGAUCUUGUGGCCCCAAUUCUUUCCAUGUUUUUUCUCAUGUGUUACCUCUUUGUGAACUUGGCAUGUGCCUUGCAAACAUUACUUCGAACACCAAACUGGAGGCCCCGAUUCCGCUACUACCACUGGGCCCUCUCUUUCAUUGGAAUGAGUAUCUGUCUAGCUCUGAUGUUCAUUUCUUCCUGGUAUUAUGCCAUCGUAGCUAUGGUAAUAGCUGGUAUGAUCUACAAGUACAUUGAGUACCAAGGAGCUGAGAAGGAAUGGGGCGAUGGUAUCCGUGGGCUGUCCCUCAGUGCAGCCCGGUUUGCUUUGCUUCGGCUGGAGGAAGGACCUCCACACACUAAAAACUGGAGGCCUCAGUUGCUUGUAUUACUGAAACUAGAUGAAGACUUACAUGUCAAGCAUCCUCGCCUCCUCACCUUUGCCUCACAGCUCAAAGCAGGAAAGGGUCUCACUAUUGUGGGUUCUGUCAUUGUGGGGAACUUCCUGGAGAACUAUGGUGAAGCUUUAGCUGCUGAGCAGACCAUUAAGCACCUAAUGGAGGCAGAGAAGGUAAAAGGAUUCUGCCAGCUGGUGGUGGCUGCCAAGCUGAGAGAAGGCAUUUCCCACCUUAUCCAAUCAUGUGGCCUUGGGGGCAUGAAGCACAACACAGUGGUGAUGGGCUGGCCCAAUGGUUGGCGGCAAAGUGAAGAUGCUCGUGCUUGGAAGACUUUUAUUGGAACAGUUCGAGUGACAACUGCCGCCCAUCUUGCCCUGUUGGUAGCUAAAAACAUCUCCUUCUUUCCCAGCAAUGUGGAACAGUUUUCUGAGGGCAACAUUGAUGUGUGGUGGAUUGUGCAUGAUGGGGGGAUGCUCAUGCUUUUGCCAUUCCUACUGAAACAGCACAAGGUGUGGCGAAAAUGCAGCAUACGAAUCUUCACAGUAGCUCAACUAGAAGAUAACAGUAUCCAGAUGAAAAAAGACCUGGCCACCUUCCUGUAUCAUCUGCGCAUUGAAGCAGAGGUGGAAGUGGUGGAGAUGCAUGACAGUGAUAUAUCAGCUUAUACUUAUGAGCGCACGCUGAUGAUGGAGCAACGGUCCCAGAUGCUCCGGCACAUGAGGCUAUCCAAAACAGAACGGGACAGGGAGGCACAGUUGGUGAAAGACCGGAAUUCAAUGCUACGACUGACCAGCAUUGGCUCUGAUGAGGAUGAAGAGACAGAAACCUAUCAGGAGAAGGUGCACAUGACUUGGACAAAAGACAAGUACAUGGCAUCCCGGGGACAAAAAGCCAAGUCAAUGGAAGGAUUCCAAGACCUACUUAACAUGCGUCCGGACCAGUCCAAUGUAAGACGAAUGCAUACAGCAGUGAAGCUCAAUGAGGUUAUAGUUAACAAGUCCCAUGAAGCAAAGCUGGUUUUGUUGAAUAUGCCAGGGCCACCCCGAAACCCUGAGGGUGAUGAAAACUACAUGGAGUUUCUAGAAGUACUCACCGAGGGACUAGAACGAGUCCUCCUUGUCCGCGGUGGUGGCAGUGAAGUGAUCACCAUUUACUCAUAAUCUGCUCCUGAAUGACUCUGCUUGGUCUCUCAUUUUCUAAAAGGCUUCCAUCCUCCAUGGAAAAGUGAUGGUUCUUUAUUACCACACUCACUCAACUAGAGUCCUGUGUUCUGUACACGUAACACUGAACUUUUGAUGAGCUGAGCCUCCA